AUGAAUCCAUUGGCCACAUUGAAAUUUGUUAAUAUUGAAAACAAUGAUUUGUAAAGUCAUUUUCCAAUUGAUCCAAAUGCUGAUAUUAUUUUAGUUUUGAAUGGCAAAGAAACUUUUUAAUUGUAGAUCAGGUUACUUAAAAAAAGAAGCCAAUAUUUCGAAACAUAAUUGCAUAAUAGUGACUCAAAAUUUAAAGUUAUACCUGGAAAACAUGAUGCAGUAGUUUUUUAAAAAAUACUCAAUUGUUUUUAUGGUUACCAGUAUCACAUUUAUAAAGAUGAAGAAUUUUACUCUGCUUAUAAAAUCUCUCACUUUCUAUAAAUUAAUAAUUUUAUCACUACUCUUUAGGAUUCAUUAUAUGAAAAUUUCUAAAGAAUAGAUAUUCAUAUUGUAUUAACACUUGCUGAAUUAUAUGAGAUUGAAUCACUUAGAGAAAAAUAUAUUGAUUACUUAGAUGAAAAUCCAUAAUUAUGGAAAAUUAUAUUGCCUAUUCAAAAAUUAGAAUUUUAUAGAUAAAAUUAUUACUCUAUUUGUUGCACUAAAUAAAAUGAUGAUAUCCCUAUUAAUGUUUUACAUUUAAAAGAAGACAUAUUAAUUAAACUUCUAUCAUUCCAUAAUGAAUAAAAAAAUAAGAAAUCAUUUCCUGAAAAGUUUUUAACUCCAGAUGAUAUUCUGAAAAUUAUACAGUAUUAUGUAAAUAUUAGAUUUCAAACUUAAGAAGAAAGAUAAGAAAAUACAAUAAAAAUUGUCAACUCUAUAUAUAAAGUAGAAGACAUCUAUUCAGACAAUGAUGCUAGAAGAUUGUAAACAUUCAUGUCCAAAUCAUAUUCUAAUAGUGUUAAUUCAUGUAAUUAUUUUUAUUAUAAAGCUUCUUGUUCUGAUAGGUCUUCCAAACUUAUUAUUGAAUAACAGAGAGAUAUUGAAGAACUUAAAAUGAAAUUAUAAGUACUAAUUCUCUAUUCUAUACUUUAAGUGUACAAUUAAAGAGAAUAAUGAACUAUAAUUAAAAUCUAAGAUGCUUGAAGAAAGAAUUGAAAACCUUCAAUAAUUAAUUGAAAAUCAAAAGAAAACGUCAAUCAAUACUAGCAAUUUGAAUAAUUCGAAUACUUAAGAUAUAGAGUCCUCCUAAUUUGUAUACCAUUAAGUUGCUGAAUCAAUACCAUUAGAUAAUUCAUCAAUUGAUUAAAGUGACAACUCAUUUUUUAAAAGUCAAUUACAUUUUAAUAGCACACCAUAAACUGUUUUUACUCUUUCAGAACUCUCUUAUCUUGGUGAAAUUUUGAAUGCCAAAAUUUAUUAAUAAAUUAAAUUUAAAUUAUUGUAUCGAGGGUAUAUCUUAAUGUUUUUAUUAGAACUGAAAAUAAUUUUUAUCUUGUAUCUGAAGAAUAAUUAACUUCAAUUAAAAAAGCCACAUCCAUUUUAAUUCUCAUUAGAUCAGUAGAUAAUGAUUCAGUUUUUGGAAUAUUUAAUUAAAAUAGUCGAAUAUAAAUUAUUAAUUUUUAGAGUAAGAAAAGAGUAGAUUAUAAAAAAGAGUUAAAAUUAGCUAUAAAUUCUAAUUAUUUAUUAAAAUUAGGUAAUGAUAUUGAGAUAUUUGUUGAUUGUUGUAAUAAAAAAAACAAUAUCUGCAAUAAUAUAAAUGGAUUAGGUUGUUUAGCUGGUAAAACUGAAUUUCAAGUAGAUGAGCUUGAAAUUUAUGAGUGCUCUAUCCAUAAUGAAAUUGUGUGA